AUGGGUGCGAUAGAGGAGGCGACACUGGACGGCGUUGAUGUGGAGUCGUCGGGCGAGCUAGUCGGUGCACGCAGGGGAGGUGGGCACCGACCUGGGCGAGUAGACUGCUCGUGCAAGGGAGGUGGGCAAGCUGGCCGUGUGCGUAGGAGGGGCUGCUACGCUGGCUGGGCGCACAGGAGGGGCUGCUGCGCAGUGCACAAGAGGGGCACUGAUGGAGUGGCACCUAUGGUGUUGGGCCCUGCUAGAGAGGCAUCGGGUAUUGGCGAUGAGGCGCCUAUAGUGUUGGGCGUUGCUGGUGAGGUGCCUAUGCUACUGGACGAGAUACAAUUGGUGACGAGUGCCCCUUGUGAAGCAAGAAUGGCGCUUAGGCCCGCUGGGCGCAGAUUUGCCAAUGCUAGGCGAACCAGGCGCGAAACUGGAGCAGGUCAAAUCCUAAUGGACAUCCUCAAUAGAUACUACUUUACUAUUGUCCAAAUGAUCAAUUUGAACAAGUCUGCAAUUACUUUUUAUCAUCAACAAGAGCUUGCUCUGUACCUCAGAAUCCCAAAGGCACACAAAGCAAGGAAGCAUUUGGGACUACCUCUAGAGUGCGGAGGAUCUAAGAAAUAA